CGCCCGAGAUCUCGCGAGCUUCCCCCCCGCGGCGCCCGUAGAGAAGGCUUGUGAGGCUGCGGGGGGCUCUCGUGAUACUUGGGCCGGGUGCUUCCGGUCGGAGAGGACAGAAGAGUCGCUGCGGUAGGCGAGGGAGAAGAAGAAGAAGAGGUGAAGGAAAGAGCACAAGUCACAGAGUUACCUGCUAGUAGUGUCAUCCUGAGUACAGAGCCAUGGGAAACAUCUUUGGAAAUCUGCUUAAAAGUCUUAUUGGAAAGAAGGAAAUGCGAAUACUUAUGGUGGGGCUGGAUGCUGCUGGAAAGACCACUAUAUUAUACAAGCUGAAGCUUGGCGAGAUUGUGACCACGAUCCCAACUAUAGGCUUCAAUGUAGAAACAGUAGAAUACAAGAACAUCAGCUUCACAGUGUGGGACGUUGGUGGCCAAGACAAGAUCCGGCCACUGUGGAGACAUUAUUUCCAGAACACUCAGGGUUUAAUAUUUGUGGUUGACAGUAAUGACAGAGAACGGGUUAAUGAGGCACGUGAGGAGUUAAUGAGGAUGCUAGCGGAAGAUGAGCUUCGGGAUGCUGUACUGCUUGUUUUUGCAAAUAAACAGGACCUCCCUAAUGCCAUGAAUGCUGCAGAGAUCACAGACAAGCUCGGCCUUCAUUCUCUUCGUCAUCGCAACUGGUACAUCCAGUCCACCUGUGCCACCAGUGGAGAUGGUCUCUACGAGGGCCUGGACUGGCUAGCCAACCAACUAAAGAACAAGAAGUAAUGAUUCCCGGCCCUACCUCUGCCUUCCCAGCGUGCGCCUGACUCUUCCUCCCCAAUCCCCCCAUCCAAAAUUCCCUCUUCAGCUAGGGCAGGUUGGGGUUGGCUACCGACAAAUACCACCCUAUCCCACCUGCUUCUCCUGGUUCCACACUCGCUUACUUUGCCGUUUUGGUUUGGGGUGUUUUUAUCGGGUGCCGUGUUUCUUCUGACUCAUCCAGCUGCUGUUGCUCUUUAUUUGUCCUUUUUGGAGAUUUUGGGUGGGGGAGGACUUGUGAGAUUUGGCAGUACAUGCCAUAGCAAUCUACCCUCUGUAGACAGGGUUGGGAAGGAAAGGAUUUGGGAGCUGUGCUGUUUUGUGUCUGUAUGUUCUGUGGAAGCUCCCUGAAGAUUGAGAGAUGUAUUUGGCUUAUCGUGUUUGUUUUUAAGGCAGGUUGUCUUCAGUGCUUCAUACAAGAAUAUUUAGUACACCGACCAAGUGAACUUUAUAUUUAAUUUUAUUUUUUAGUUCAAGAAAAGGGUACAUAACGUUUGGGUGCUUUUUAAGUGAUUGAAACGUCUUACUACAAUAAUUUAUUAACCUUUUGAUCUCUGUACUCCAAUAAGGAUCUCAUUCUGUCUGGUAUACUGUGGUACAGAUCAGCCUAGAUCUUUCGGGGCGGUGCCGAAAUCGCACUCCGCUACUCUUGUGCUUCAUUUAUAUCCGAUACACACAAGAGCUGGCUUCUUUACUGUGUUUUGAAGUGAAGUGUAGUGCAAUGAAGAUUUCAUGGUUGUUCGUGAAAUGAAUCUUCGGUGGUGAAAAAAAAAAAAACUGACUGCAAAAGCCAUAGUAUUUAUUUCCUUUGCAACUGUAUUAAUCCAGUGGGAAAGUUUAAUGUAUAUGAACUGUGCAUGUGGGUUGUCCUUUUAGUUUCUAAACACCUGCUGUAAUGAAAUAAGAGGUUAUUUGAGCACAUUGUGCUGUAGUCUCACCACCCUUAUUUAUAAAGACUGGAGCAGCUCCCAAUGAAGUCAUUGUGGCGAUCUCCACUCCUGUCAGUUACAUCACCGGGAGUCCGUCCAGCUGAUGACCUUCCAAUAGCAUCAUAUUUGCAUUACAACCUUUAAGUAAAAAUAUUUUAUGUUCUACAAUCGGCACCGACACUUGUUCAGACUUAGCCGUUGCUAAAUUUUUAUUUAUUUAUUUAUUUAAUUAUUUAUUUAUUUUUUUAACUUCAGUUUUAAUAUAUUUUUGUCCUGGUAAAUUCUUCUAAAUGAAAGAAAACAGACCAUGGCACUCAUGCUUUUAAGCUGAAUACUUUGUUACUCUCUGUGAAUCAAACAGCAUGAUGGGGAUUUAGUGUUAAGGUGAUUCAUCUUUACAUCAUAGAUUUAAAACAGAUUUUCCAAGUGACCUUUUUCUGUCUGCAAAAUGUUUUCAGAUGGAAUAAUAAGGACUAUUGAAAUGACAGGAGUGUCAGAUACCAAAAAUCACUCCU